CCUCAAUGCCCUUUAUAACACGGUGCCUUUUAGACACAGUUUGUUUAUAUUUGUGUUCCUACGGGAGUGGACACCGCUUGGGUUUGACAGUCCCACAAUGCUCUCUGGCUUCUCUAUAUUCCUGUCAGAACUAACAAAACAACCCAGCGGCUGUGCCCACCAAUAAAAUGGCGACGCCACUCUCUAGUAGAGACAAGUGUGGAAUAAAAGCAGCUUUUUAAUUGGUACUGAGCCUAAGGGAGCGACCCAACGUGCUACAUCAUCUACAGGGGACGGAAGUACCUCCCCAAGGGGCGGUCUGAAAGUUAUCAAUGCUAUCCUGGCCUGAAUACAGAGCAGCAUAGAAAGCUGAGAUGUGAGGAAUUGUGUCCUGCUACUCCCUUCCCCUGUGUCCCUGACAUUGUCCCUCCCCUGCACUCACAUCUCCAGCCUGGGCUACUGGGUUCUCCAGAGAUGGAACCAAGGAGGUUAGAGGGGAAAUGGGAGAAUGAAGAGUCGGACACUGAGGAGCCUCUGCCUGCAAUCAAGAGAGAAGUGGAUUCAGAUUCUGGGGCCGCUUUACACGGCCCUGUCUCUCCCUUACUGGCAGCUUCCCCUGAAGAGGAAUUGGAAAUAUUACAGAUAAAGAUAAAGGAAGAAGAGCCUGAGUCUGAAGAUGAUCUGAACCCAAUGGAAAUCUUGGCCGUUGGGGCCAGCCGUUUGCCUGAUGAAACCAGAACCUGGAUAGACUUGCGGGGCUCACAAGAAGAGGAACAUGAGGAUUCCUUGGAAAGGUUAAAGGAGUGGUCGGAGGCGAGUGAAGUAAUUCUAGGGGACAGAGUACAGACUAGAGCAGAGUCUGGAACAAGAGAUGAGGAUGACUCAGCAAGUGCUAACGGAUCCGGUUUUAUCUGCAGCAAAUGUGGGAAAUGUUUCUCAGCCAGUAGUGAUCUUCUCACUCACCUUUGUGCUUCUCACAACCACCAGCAAAUUCACACAGGAGAGAAACCUUUCUCGUGCCCAGAAUGUGGGAAAUGUUUCUCUCAAAAGACCCAUCUCCAACGGCAUCAGAAAACUCACACAGGGGAGAAACCAUUCACAUGCGCAGAAUGCGGGAAGAACUUCACUCAGAAGAUCACCCUUGUCAAACACCAGGCUAUUCACACUGGGGAGAAACCAUUCAUGUGCAUAGAAUGCGGGAAAUACUUCUCUCAGAAGAGCCAUCUUUGCAGUCACCAAAAAAUUCACACAGGGGAGAAAUGUUUUUUGUGUAUAGUUUGUGGGAAAAGCUUCUCUCAUAAGUGCAGCCUUAUGAACCAUCAGAUGAUCCACACAGGGGAGAAACCAUACACCUGCACAGAAUGCGGGAAGAGCUUCUCUCGCAAGCAUUAUCUUCAGAUCCACAAACAAACUCACACAGGGGAUAAACCUUACAAAUGUACAGACUGUGGGAAAAGUUUCUCUCAGAAGAGCCACAUUUACAGUCACCGGAAAAUCCACUCAGGGGUGAAACCUUACACGUGCACUACAUGUGGGAAGAGCUUUUUUCACAAGAUUAGCCUUAUGAGCCACCAGAUGAUUCAUACCGGAGAGAAACCAUUCGCCUGUAUCGAAUGUGGCAAAAGCUUCUCUGAAAAGAGCAAACUCCUGAAACACUGGAGAGUUCACACAGGAGAGAAACCUUUCACGUGCACGAUCUGUGGGAAAAGCUUUUCUCUCAAGGUUCAUCUUCAGACUCAUCAAGUGACUCACACAGGAGAAAAGCCAUUCGCGUGCUCCGAAUGUGGGAAAAGGUUUGCACGAAAGAGCAACCUUCAAGGGCAUCAGAAAACUCACACAGGGGAUAAACCUUUCUCGUGCACAGAAUGCGGGCGAAGAUUCACGGAAAAGAACAAACUUCUCAGGCACUGGCAGAUUCACUCGGGGGAGAGAUCUUUCCUAUGCGCCACGUGCGGGAAAGGCUUUUCCAUCAGAGCUGAUCUUCGCAACCAUCAGAUGGUUCACACCGGGGAGAAACCAUUCACUUGCACAGAAUGCGGCAAGAGCUUCUCCCGAAAGAGCAUCCUUCAGGGCCAUCGGAAAACUCACACAGGGGAGAAACCAUUUGCAUGUACAGAAUGUGGCAAAUGCUUCUCUGCCAGCGGGAUACUUGUCAGGCACCAGAGGGUUCACACGGGAGAGAAACCUUUUAUCUGUGCAGAAUGUGGCGGGUGCUUCUCCCAAAAGAGUAUCCUUCUGCGACACCAAAAGACUCACGCAAAAUAAACUUAAUACAUGCAGAAUGCGGGGAAACGCAUCUGUGACGUAAAGGGCGCAGUAAAGCCGUUGUUCCCCAGCCUUCCUGAUACCCCACAUGCCCUAUUGUGCCAAUCACAAACGUACAAGUGGUAUCUAAAUAUAAAAUGGGGUGCUACUGAGAGGCAGGAAACAGGGGCACAUUUACUAAUCCCCGAAUCCGAAUCCCGAAUGGGAAAAAA